AUGGGCGUUCAUGGCCCCGGGGGCCGGCCUGGGAGCGAGAGGAGCAAUGUGCCGAGAGGAAGUCCCCGGCCCAGGAGCCAGGAGGCGAGGCAGGCCCGUGCCCCUGCCCAGCCGCCUGGGCCAGGGCCGGAAGUGGUCACCAAAGCCAGGAUGAAGAAAUCUGAUGGGGGUCUGGAUUGCAUCCCGGGGAAGGAUAACUCUUUCACCAUGUCACAGAAUGGAUACUUCGACGAUUCAAGCUACUACAAGUGUGACACAGAUGACAACUUCGAAGCCCGCGAGGAAAGUCUGGGGGAUGAGACCUUCGACAUGGUCAACUCCUCCAUCGCAUCUGGCGAGAGCAUUCGCUUUUUUGUCAAUGUCAACCUUGAAGUGCAAGCCUCCAAGACUGAGUCUGAAGCAGCGUCUGGUGGCUGUGUGCUGCUGCACACCUCCCGCAAGUACCUGAAGUUAAAGAACUUCAAGGAAGAGAUCCGUGCACACCGCGACCUGGAUGGCUUCCUGGCGCAGGCCAGCAUCAUCCUGGACGAGACAGCCACCUCGCUGGAUAACGUGCUGCGAACCAUGCUACGCCGCUUCGCCCGGGACCCCAACAACACUGAGCCCGACUGCAACCUGGACCGGCUCCUGGCCAUGCUCUUUACCGAUGCCGGGGCCCCCAUGCAGGGGAAAGUCCACUUGCUGUCGGACACCAUCCAAGGGGUCACUGCCACUGUCACAGGACUGCGAUACCAGCAGUCAUGGAUCUGCAUUAUCUGUACCAUGAAGACUUUACAGAAGCGGCAUGUGUGCAUCAGCCGCCUAGUUCGCCCACAGAACUGGGGGGAGAAUUCCUGCGAGGUUCGGUUCGUCAUUCUCGUGCUGGCCUCACCCAAGAUGAAAAGCACUAAGACUGCGACAGAGGUGGCACGCACGUUUGCCACCAUGUUCUCAGACAUCGCCUUCCGCCAGAAGCUCCUGGAGACCCGCACAGAGGAAGAAUUCAAGGAGGCCUUGGUGCACCAAAGACAGCUGCUCACGGUGAUGAGCCAGUGUCCAGAGACACUGAGUCUGAAGGAGCACAGCGCCGUCUCGGUGCACGCCCACAUACACGCCGAGCCCCCAAAGUGCAAGGACUUUGUCCCUUUCGGGAAGGGCAUCCGGGAAGACAUCGCACGCAGGUUCCCCUUGUACCCGCUAGACUUCACUGACGGCAUCAUCGGGAAAAACAAGGCUGUGGGCAAACACAUCACCACCACCCUGUUCCUCUACUUCGCUUGCCUCCUGCCCACAAUCGCUUUCGGCUCUCUCAACGACGAGAACACAGACGGCGCCAUCGACGUGCAGAAGACCAUCGCCGGGCAGAGCAUCGGAGGCCUGCUGUACGCACUGUUCUCUGGGCAGCCCCUGGUGAUACUGCUAACCACCGCGCCCCUGGCGCUCUACAUCCAGGUGAUCUACUUCAUCUGUGAGGACUACAACCUGGACUUCAACUCCUUCUACGCCUGGACGGGCCUGUGGAACAGCUUCUUUCUUGCGCUUUACGCCUUCUUCAACCUCAGCCUGGUCAUGAGUCUCUUCAAGAGGUCGACCGAGGAGAUCAUCGCCCUGUUCAUUUCCAUCACGUUUGUGCUGGACGCCGUCAAGGGCAUGGCCAAAAUCUUCCAUAAGUACUACUAUGGUUAUUACUUGGACGACUACCACACGAAAAAGACGGCGUCCUCGGUGAGCGCGGCAGGCCUCAGCAGCGGCCUCAACGCCAGCCUCCACACGGCCCUCAACGCCAGCCUCCUGGCCGGCCCCGCAGAGCCGGCUGCCGCAGACAGCCCCGGCGCCAUCCACUCCGGCCGGGCGACUGCUGUGCUCAGCCUCCUCAUCAUGCUGGGCACUCUCUGGCUGGGCUACACCCUCUACCAGUUCAAGAAGAGCCCCUACCUGCACCCCUGCGUGCGCGAGAUCCUGUCUGACUGCGCGCUGCCCAUCUCGGUGCUCACCUUCUCCCUCAUCAGCUCCUACGGCUUCCGGGAAAUCGAGAUGAGCAAGUUCCGCUACAACUCCAGCAAAAACCUGUUCUCGAUGGCGGAGAUCCAGUCGCUGUCCCUGAGCGCCAUCAGCAGUGCCAUGGGCCUCGGCUUCCUGCUCUCCAUGCUCUUCUUCAUCGAGCAGAACCUGGUGGCCGCCCUGGUCAACACUUCGUACCCCCCGACGCACUACGUCCGGAUGGUGCCCCAGAGGAAGGUCCACUACUUCACGGGCCUGCAGGUUCUGCAGCUGCUGCUGCUCUGCGCCUUCGGCAUGAGCUCCCUGCCCUACAUGAAGAUGAUCUUCCCUCUCAUUAUGAUCGCCAUGAUCCCCAUCCGCUACAACCUGCUGCCCCGAAUCAUUGAGGCCAAAUACUUGAACAUCAUGGAUGCCGAGCACAGGCCCUGA